CGGACUAUUUUUUGAGCACUUCACAAACCUGUUUUUCUAAGAGGUAUCUUGAUUUAUGUUCCAAACAGAUUCAGUAUAUGGGUGCUUCAUUUGAAUCGAUUGCUGAUGUGUACAACGACCAUCAUAACGGAAAUAAUGAAUAUCAUUUAAAGCAGUUGUCAAAUUUUCAAAGAGGAAAGCAAGUGCUCACACAAGGUGUUUUAAAUCCGCAACGCUUAGAGGAAGCCUGGUUUAUAUACAGAGUAAGCACCUAUUUUCCAAUAGGAUUACCGAUAAGUACUAUGGAAUCUGGAUUGUUGGAUAUUGAAGAAAUGUGUAAAAUAUAUACUGACAAAUUUAUGGCAAAACAAGAAAGUUGGAUUCAUCAUUCGUGUGCGGUAAAGGGUUGUACAGAAGGUUACGUUACAAUUGAUGGUAACGAAAAGUUAAGACGAAGCAUAUGUUCACAAAGUGGGGAAAAGAUUUUAUCAUCAGAAGGACUACGUGUUCAAGAUUGUUGUCCAGAAGAUCCUGGAUUUGGAGGACGAUUUAAAAAGCCUGUUAAAUUUUGUGUGAAUCACCAAGAAUGUGUUGAAAAUGAGGAAAAUAAAGAUGGAAAUGAAAUGACUGUAAGAAAGUCUUCUCGGAAGCGGAAAUUACCAUUAUACUUAAAAGAAUACGAAAGUUUGUACAGCGACGAAAGCAUUGAGAGAAUAAUUGUAACAGACGAAGAAGUGAAAAGUUGCAAAGACAAAUCGAAAUUGAACAAGUUUUACAAAACAACAGCUGGUAUGCUCUUCGUAAUAAGACCAUGUGGUGUCAUUGUAGGUUUUGCGGAGAUGUACAGCCAUGAAUCCCUUACACAAGUGUUUUUGCUGUUACGUAAAAUGUUUUUUAUGGAUGACAGUUGCAAAAAAAGGAUUAAGUAUCUCGGUUAUGACAGAUGUUGUGAGUUGAAACCUUUUUUGCGUCGGCUUGUAAAGGAAAAUGUUGCAGGUUCAGAAGAAAUGUUAAAUGAUGUACAGUUUCUCGUAGACAUUUUUCAUGUACUGAAGCACACAAAACCCUGUUGUAUGCCUUUAAACAAUAACCCGUUAUGUGAAUUUCACCCAAAACUAGACAAAUUCAGUGAAAUUCAUGGCUGCAACACUGAAAGUUGUGAGCAGGCUUUUAAAAAACUGAACAGGUUCAAAUAUUCCACCAGACAUAUGACAAGGCAUAAACGAGUAGUUUAUUUUUGUUUGAUCAACUGUGACCACAAUGAGAGCAUUGACAAUAAGACCAUCUUGAAAUCUAAAGGUUACAACAAGCUAUUGAUACAGAUUGGACGAUGUGCCUUUGAUCCAUCUACAGAAUGUUCUGUGAGAGGGUUCACGGUAGAAUAUUACAGAUAUAAACCCUCCAUAGCUGAUGACAUCAGUGACGCUUCACUGGUCAUAAGUCAUGCAGCUGAUGACAUCAGUAACACUUCACUGGUCAUAAGUCAUGCAGGUACAUUUGUAACUAUAGUAACCAGAUAUAAACCAUCCACAGCUGAUGACAUCAGUAACGCUUCACUGGUCAUAAGUCAUGCAGGAGCCGGGAGUUGUUUAGAAAGUCUAACUGCUAAUAAACCUUUACUGGUAGUAGUUAAUGAUGAACUUAUGAACAAUCAUCAAUUAGAGUUAGCUAGACAACUGAAGAAAGAUGGCAACAUAGAAUAUUGUGAUUGCAGAUUUGAUUAG